CACUCAUUCAACUGACUUCUUCAGUCUCAGCUGACUGCAGAUUUCUCCAACCUUAUAAACAGUACAUUUGCACAUUGACUGAAACUAGUGUAACCAUUUACAUACAUACCAAUUUAAAUAUAUGUGCAAUGCUUUGGCUCUCGGAGGAGGCGGACCCUCUCCUUUUCACCCUCUCCUUCCCUUAUUUUCCCUGCUGCUUCUAUGUCCUUAUCUGGUCUUGUCUGACUCUAACCCUGAGAGAUCCUCUCAUUCUUGCUCUUGUUCUCUAAACCUAAAGAAGAAGAACUUGAUCAACUGGUCUCUUAAUGCAAUUGACACUAUUCUCGACGAGAAGCCUGGGUUCGGGAGAGCCCGAGUGUCCUGGAGGGACUUUCCCUGCCGGAUACAUGACGGACGGGUGGCAGAAGUGGCGCAUCGUGUGCCUAGUGGGUCUGUCUAUUGAGGACACUGAAGACAGCUACCUAUUCGGCACCAUGAUAAUUGGGCUCUUGCUGAUUGGAGUUGGCUUGGCCCUGGCUUAUCGGAAAUUGAAGAAAGCGGUGCAUGCUGUUCAAAACCCCACAAGGCUUGCCGCUUUGAUCGAAAAUGUGGGAAGAGCUGUCAGUACUCAGACUGUUCUUAGUGAAUGCAAUAUGGGAAGAUCUUGGAGGAGCUCACAGCUCUUAAACGGGAGAUACACCUGGAGACCAGUGAUGGACGCUAAGAACAACUGUAAAAUUGACGCAGUCUGUUCGUUCUAAAACAACAUAGCCAACAUUUUUCAUGCAGCCACCCCCGACGGCGCCAGCUGAAUGCUCGAAGGCAGAGGCUGACAAUGCUUGAAGGUUGAUGCCGACGAGAACAACAACAAUUCUUCCAAGAGAUACGAUCUUCGCCUAACAGGCAAAAGGACACUUUCUCAGGCUGAACACAGGACACACAUCUGACACGCGCGCACACAUGUACACAGAUACUGAUACGCCCUCACCAUUACUCUCCCUUCCCUGAGUCGAACGCCUCCUCCUAUGCUUACCUCCCAUCCGAUGUGGACAGCGGAUCAGCUGGAGGGGCGAUCGAAAGACUGCAGCGGUCCCAGAUCCAGCUGGAAUACUGGAAUAUUCUCCCAUGUUGCUUGUCUGUGUUCUAUUGCGUGUGAUAUCUGUGCAUUCUUUUUCUCCUGGAUUGCCCUUCUGCGUUACAUAUUUCACUGUUUUUCCUUUUGCUACCUAGCCUGACCUGUCUCCCCAAUGUGAUGUUUGUGUAUGGUAUGUACGGUCGGCAAGGUAUGUCAUCUCAGUUGUGGGCAACUGCAACCGACAAAUAAAGGCUAUCUCAUCUUAUUUUCAUGAUGCAUCCGCUCUUUAAACCGACACUGUCGGUUCUUAGUCGUUGGAGAAAAAGCAGCUCACGGCAUCCACAGCUAAGAAGCUAAUUCACCAUGCGAUCGUCCGCUGUCUGUCCAAUCUUGGCCCCGCAGUUAGUACAUGCAUAUCAGAUGGCCAAGUCUUCCAGACUUCACAACUCAUCGCCAGUUUAUGUUAUGUUCCCUCCUGUGGUGUGAGUACACGAAGUAGGGCUUACACAGAGGCAGACAGAUAAACAUGUUUGCUGUUUACAUCUUCUUCUUUUUCAUAGGUGUUACCUAUGAAAAACUGGUUCCCCCGUUUCGUGAGGCCGAAGUGGACUCCUAUUUUAACGCUUUUGAGCAUAUAGCGGCUGCGUUAAGCUGGCCGAAGGAGUUUUGGCCACUAUUGUUGCAAUGUAAACUGGUCGGCAAAGCCCAGGAGGUGUGUACCAGUUUAUCAAUUGAAGAUAGCCUUGAUUAUGACAUCAUGAAGAAGACUGUGUUGCAGGCAUAUGAGCUUGUCCCAGAAGCCUACUGUCAAAAAUUUAGGAAGUGUGAAAAAACUGCCAAUCAGACGUUUGCGGAGUUUGCCUGUGAAAAGAGUCGCUUGUUUGAAAGAUGGUUGCAGGCCAGUAAAGUGAAGGAUCUUGAGGGGCUGAAGGAACUUCUCUUGUUAGAGGAAUUCAAAAAAUGUUUGCCGGACCAAGUAGUCAUUUAUCUGAAUGAGCAGAAGGUGACGUCACUUGCCAAAGCUGCAGUGAUGGCUGAUGAGUUUACUCUCACUCACAAAACUAUAUUUUCAGCCGCUGUCGCACAUAAUAUCAGGGUGGGACAGGAGAGGAAAAUAAAGUCACCAAAGGUAGGACGGAAGGAUAGACAGGAGGAUGGUGGAAAUCGCGACUGUUUUUAUUGUCGCGAACCCGGACAUCUGAUCGCUGUCUGUCCCGCGCUCCGGAGGAAAGAGCAGCGCAAAGGCUCUAAAAAUCCAGCCGGCGUAGGUCUUAUUAAAGUUGUCCCUUCGCCUAAAAUGCAUUCCACCCAUGAUUUGCACCAUACGGAUGCUGAAAUAGAGCCGCGUUUAAAACCAUUUAUCACCAAAGGCUUUGUUUCUGUGACGGGAGAAGAGAGGGAUAAGGUGCCUGUUACUAUUCUUCGGGACACAGGUGUGCAUCAGUCAUUUAUGUUGGACAGUGUACUGCCAUUGUCAGAUAAAACUGCUUGUGAUUCAGAUGUGUUAGUCUGGGGAAUUAAGAUGAGCGUUCUUCGGGCGCCGCUACACAAGGUGCAUUUGCAUUCGCCCGUAAUAACGGGGCAUGUUAAAGUUGCCAUGAGUUUGCAGUUACCCAUUAAAGGGGUUUCAUUUAUUCUGGGAAAUGACUUGGCUGGUGGAAAUGUUUUUCCCCCGCCUGAAGUGGUGGAAACGCCUGUUGCUUCUGUUACUGAUGCUGCCACCCCUAUAUCAAGUGUGUUUCCUGUUUGUGCUAUUACUCAUGCGCAAUCGCGCAAAUUUGACGACGUUAUGGAUGUCGCUGACACAUUUAUGGCGACGCUAGACGAAAGAAAGUCUCCCAGCUGUGAGAGUGGCAGAAUAGAAAGCGGCAAUGGUGUGACAAAGCUGAUGCCAGGGCUGGGUGAAAAGUUAAAUAGGGAUGCACUGAUAACCGCUCAGCAGAAUGACUCGUCACUGGCUCCCUGUUUUAUGUCCGCAGCCGCGAGUGCAGAAGCUGUGCCAGGGCUCUGCUCCGAUUGGUGCGUGGAUACACCGCCCCGACGUGACUGGUUCCAGCUGGAGGACCCGCCCAUUAAAAGGAGGCUGGAGUGCUACGGCGGGAGAGGUCCUCGCGUUUCUCCUCAUUACCCAGCAGUGUAACUGUGGCAGCCGCUGGCUGCAGUGCGGCUUGAAAGUGUUGGAAGUGGAGUGGGUAGGGGUGAGCUGCCGUUUCUUUUGAUCACCCGUUUUUCUCCUGUUUUGAAUUAGUUAAGGAGGUCAGACUCUGUCUUUAUUUUUGACUUUAUUUUGGUAAGGUCAGGGGUGCGGGAUUUGUGUAGAUUUGUUUUGUUUAUUAUUUUGGCCUUGGCUCACCCUGAAGUGUUGACACUCCCGUUCUGUUGUUCCUCUUCUUUUUUCCACUUUGUAAAUAAAUCACAAUAUAACGAACGGAUUUGUUUCCUGUGGCUGCUUGGGUCUUGGGGGGGAAGCGAGUGCCUCGUUCAUGUUAUUGCCUGGCCCUAGACGGGUCGUAACAUAGGGUUUAUUGGUAGUUGGCAAACAGGAAAAUGGUGCCUUACCGCCACAAACUGGUGCGGAGUGUGGACGGAAAUGACGAAAAAAAACCCCAAUUCAAAUCCUCUGAAACAAAUGAGUCUGCCUUAAAAACCAAAAUAUGACCUGAUAACUUUCAAUUGGUUGAUUUGUUUCUCACUUUCAUAUCGUCAGUUGUCUUCUUUCAGCAUCAUACUUCUGACAAUGCAAUAAAACGUGUUCUAUUGUUUCCUGUUCUCUACUGCAGUCACACUCACCUGUGCGGUGUUUUUCUAUUAAAAGUAAUGUGCUAUUCAAACCACUG